CAAGUGUUAUGAGAUUUGUUUAUUUUGUAAAAAUAUUUUAUUAUCGGGAGAGACACACAGUCCUUCACACGUGUAAAAGUGAAAUACGUAACAAAUUACUUUAAAAAGUUAUUUUGUGUUUUUGUGAAAUAAUUAUUGACUGCAAGUAAGUAUUACUUUAUUAUUAUUAAACCUUAACUAUUUUGGGGCUGAAUUUAGACGAAAAAUAAUAUAAUUUUUAAUUUUUACAGCAUUCACUAUGGGUCGAGGGGUAGAUUUGACUCCAAGGAAAAAGUCUGAGGUUAAAACCCUUCUCAUGCACACAAAUCAUUCCCAGAGGAAGAUAGCAGAACUGGCUGGUGUUUCUAAGUCUGCAGUAAAUAAAAUAAAAAUAAAUCUAGAUCAAGAUCAGCCACUUUCGCCAAAAAGAAAAGGCAAUUGUGGAAGGAAACGGAUUACAACACCGCGGUCCGAUAGAAAAAUCCGGGAUAUAUGUUUACAAAACAGAAAGAAAAGUGCUGGAUUGUUAACCCAGAUGGUACAGGAGUCUGGCAUACAGGUUUCUAAGAGAACUGUACAGCGGAGGUUGGCAGAGGAAGGCCUGACCGGUCAUCGUCCAGCUAAAAAACCGCGACUGACAGAGGCGAUGAAGAAGAAAAGACUUGCUUGGGCUCGUGAACACCGUCUGAUGAGUGUUGAAGACUGGAGCAAGGUGUGUUUCUCAGACGAAUCAACAUUUGAGAUUCUAGCCGACAAAAGCAACUUUGUCAGGCGGCGCCCAGGCGAGAAAUUUCACCCUGACUGCAUUGUGGAACGCGUUAAACACCCUGUUAAAAUUAUGGUAUGGUCCGUCAUAAGUUCUAAAGGGGUUGGGCGUCUCUACAUUGUCCAGGGAACCAUGAGACAGGACCAAUACAAGCAGGUCCUAGAAACUCGCUUGUUGCCGCAACUCCGGGAAUGGUUCCCAGAGGGGGAGGAAUUCAUGUUUAUGCAUGACUCAGCACCAUGCCAUAAAGCAAGGAGUGUGACAAAAUUUUUAGCAGACCACAAUAUACCGGUUUUACCUUGGCCUGGCAAUUCUCCAGAUAUGAACCCAAUCGAAAACCUAUGGGAAAUUACUAAGGCGGAAAUUGCCAAGGAAAUGAUAACCACCAAGGUAAAACUGAUUGAAAAAUUAAUAAAUGUGUGGCACCAUAACCCUAAAAUAAAAGAAAGUGCCAAACAGUGCAUAGAAAGCAUGCCAAGGAGGAUCGAAGCACUAAUUCAGGCUAAAGGAAAUGUCACAAAAUAUUAGCAAUAUCUCUAUGCCAUUCUUAUAAUACCUGUUAAUAUUUUUUUAUUACCUAAACAUUAUAAUUUUUUUGUUUAAACUACUUGUAAGAUAUGUGUCUAGGAUUAUUAAAUGUAAUUAUAAUUCAAAACAACGUUUUUAAUUAUUUAUGGACCAAUAAAAUGUAAUAAACCGAUAUUUUGCGACUGUCCCUAUUAAUUUGGCAACCCACUGUA